CUUUUCACUCUCUUUCCCCGUAUCCUCGUGUUCUCUUACCUGAAUGCCAUUCCCCUGAGCCACCAGCAGGAGUCGCUGCUGCGGCCAGUGUUGAAGCCUCCCUCGUCCCCUCCCCGGGAUCAGGAGGAGUAGUGGAGUGUGUGUGAGUGAACCGGGGCAGGAGAGGAUCGUCCACACCGGAGGAGGACCGUUCUAUGUCUAUGUGCGCCUCUCUUAUCCAGCUCGGCUCCUAUUCGUCGUGUCUCUGUAUGGAGAGUCGGGGGCUCCCUGUCUGGAGAGGAUAUCCUACGUCUAGUGACAACCCGCUAACAACUUUCCCGGAGAGUGGCCACUUCUCAGAGACAUGGCUGGGAUCACAGGACCCGGAGCUCUACUACUUACCGCACUGCUCGCUGCACUCACCGCACCGGCACCACUACGGGCUGAGACUCUGGUGGACGGAUGUGGACACAUGGUUACUAAUGAAGAGAGUGGCACAUUGACAUCGAAGAACUAUCCUGGCACUUACCCCAACUACACCCUGUGCUUAAUAAAAAUCAAAGUGCCUGCUGGUAAAAGCCUAUACCUAAAGCUGGCAGAUCUGGAUAUCGAAUCUCAAGACUGUGAAUCUGCUUAUCUCAAAAUAUACAAAGGAUCAUCCAGUGAAGAAAUUGCUAGCUAUUGUGGUAAUCAGAAUAAUGUUGCUAAAGAUCUCUAUCUGGACAGCAAUGAAGCCAUCAUACGUUUCGAAAGCAGGAUCCACAUAUCUGGAAGGGGAUUCCUAAUCAAUUUUGCCAGCAGUGAUCAUCCAGAUUUGAUCACCUGCCUGGCUCGUUCCAACCAUUACCUAGAGACAGAGUUCAGCAGGUACUGUCCAGCUGGCUGCAGAGACCUUGCAGGGGAUAUAUCUGGGGAUAUAGAGGAAGGAUAUCGGGAUACUUCUUUGCUGUGCAAAGCUGCGAUUCAUGCGGGAGUUAUUGCAGAUGAACUUGGAGGUCGGAUUCAUGUAACGCAUCAGAAAGGUGCAAGUCGAUACCGAGGGGUUCUGGCAAAUGGAAUUGUUUCAAAAGCUGGCUCACUUUCAGACCGCCGGUUUGUGUUUAACAGCCUUGACUGCAGCACUUCAUUGACUGCAGGGAAUGGAGAAGAGAAAUUUUCAGCUACCUCAUCCUGGGAAUGGAGAAGUGAGAAUGGAGAGACAACAGUCUGGUCCCCGGGAAAGGCCCUACCUAAUACACAGGGGGUAUCCUGGGCUUCCAGUCAUCAGUCUGACCGUGAAUGGCUAGAAAUAGACCUGGGAGACAAGAGGAAAAUAACUGGUAUUGUCACUACAGGAUCCACCUUGCCGAACUUUAACUUUUAUGUGAAAUCCUAUAUAAUCAGCUUUACAAGAGAUGGAUUGAAGUGGAGGACUUACAAGGGAGCAAUAAACAAUGAAGAAAGGGUAUUGGAGGGGAACUCGGACUAUCAAGAUCAGACUCGUAACAACUUAAUCCCUCCUGUUGUGGCACGAGCUCUCCGUAUAAUACCUCGAACCUGGAACCAAAGGAUUGCUAUGAAAGUGGAACUUAUAGGAUGCGCUCUUACACAGUCUCACAACUCAUCCACACACCCUAUGUGGAAGAAGCCAAACGAGAAGAGGGCCAAAACCCCAGUAAAAGAGGAAGAGAACAUCACCGAGCCAGUUCCUUCAGAGGAAAAUGACUUUGGGUGGAAACUCAUUGUUGUCCUCAUCGCAGUGGUGCUGGUGCUGUGUUUAAUUGUAUCUGGGAUCUGUAUAUGCAUAACACGAAGGAAUAGAUUGAAAACAGAAGCUUACAAAACUGAGGAACAAAAAGGUGGGUGCUGGAAACAACUCGAACAGCCCAUUAUGAGACAACAGUCAACAGAGUUUACCAUCAGCUACUGCAAUGACAAAGACGUGAUGCAGAAGUUUGACUUUGUCAAGUGUGACACAGAAGAUUUUGAGCAGUCCCUCAUGAUUGGCACUGGCACAGUGACGAGGAAAGGAUCCACAUUCAAGCCCAUGGACACAGAUGCCAAUAACGGCAGCCUAGAAAGGGAGAACCACUAUGAUUGCCCUCUCAGGACCAAUGAAUACGCACUGCCGCUGACGUACCCAGAGCCGGAGUAUGCCACCCCAAUUAUAGAACGCCAUGUCAUGCGGGACCAUACCUUCUCACCAGAGUGUGGUUACAACGUCCCUGCGGUGGCACUGGACCGCAAGCACUCCUUCUCUGGUGUCAGCUUUUCCAUCUCAUCCAGUGCAGAAGACAGUGGAGGGGACUACCAAACACCCAACAGGAUACACAUAGAGGAGUGUGACUACGACAGGCCUAAAGCCCAUAGUACUUGGGCUGCGGCAGACUGUGGCGAUUACCAGAAGCCGCAAUACUGCACACUAGCGGCAGAAGGCUACUCUUCCCCAAGAGACUGCUUAAAGCCCAUAAACCAGACUGCUAUAACGGCUCUCUUAUGACUCCCCCUAGAGGACAAGACUUGAAAAACACCAUCUAUGAAUGUUACUGCCCAGCUGCUGGACAUCUGCGUUGUUUACAUGACUUUUCUAUGGUUUAUUUAGUGACGUUGCUCAAGGAGUGAGUUGUGUACAGUAUCAGAGGACCACGUUACUGUGAGAUUUGUGCAAUGUGUACAGAAGAUAUUUAAGAGGACCUCAAUCGCUUUACAGCUUUUCUGUUCAGACUUGAUAUUAUAUUGACUUUUAUGUAGUCACUUUUAGCUAAAAAUGUGACUUUGCUGGUGCGUUAUUUUUUUCAGAUUAUUAUUAUUAUUAACACUGUGAAUGUUUAACAUGUAAACUUGCUUUAAUUUAUAUAACCUGUAAAACAGGAUUGGUAUAUUGAUACCCAAAUUAGUACCUUUUUCGUUUAACUAGUACCUUUUUAGGGGAGGGACGAUAAAAAAAAUGGAUCUA